AUGGCGGACGAAACUAGAGCAACUCGUGUCGCCAGAUUGGAAGAUGUCGUUGCGACUUUACGACGUGAUUUUGGAGUUCACAAUGACCUUCAAGAUCAACGCAUAACGCAGAUUGCGAAUCAGACUCAACUUAUCGCAGAGUUACAGGAAACUCUUCAGGAUAUUGCCAAAAGAAUUACUGAAAUUGAAGAGAGCUUCAGACACAAAGAAACACCAGUUCGUCAUCAUGAGCAUCAAUUUCAUAAUUCGAGUCACGGACAACAGGAUACCCAACCUCGGAUGCGAUCGAUCAGGGUGGAGGUUCCAAGAUUCAAUGGGGCAAAUGCUUCAGGAUGGUUGAUGAAAAUUCAGAAUUUCUUCGACUUUCACCACACUCCAGUACAUCAAAGAUUGUCUAUUGCUUCUUUUCAUUUAGAAGGAGAGGCAUUAGAACAUUAUCAAUGGUUGCAUAAAAAUCAUCUACUAAGGGAUUGGCAAGAUUUUAUGAAGUCAAUUGAGCACAGAUUUGGGGAUUCUCAGUAUGAAGAUGCUUUUGGCAAAUUGACCAAGCUAACACAGACUGGGACGGUAAGGGAAUAUCGUAGUCAGUUUGAGAAACUCACUACAAAAGUAGAGGGUGUACCAAAGAUAGCCUUAAUUAGCUGUUGGGUGGUUGGGUUAAAAACACACAUAAAGACUGAGGUACAGAUCCAAGUUCCUUAUUCCUUGGUCCAAGCCAUGCAUUUGGCUAGGAUGCAAGAGGAGAAGUUUGAAGAACAGAGAGUGGCGUACAAAUCUUGGAAUGAGAAAGCCUCAACUUACAGGAGUAAUACUUUUGGGAAUAGGAAUUUGCCACCACUACUUCCAUCACCCAGUACUAAAGUAGCCCCUGAUGAUGCUUCAAAAUCCUCUUCUUUUCCUGUCAAAAGACUAACUCCAAGUGAGAUUUUGGUAAAAAGGGAAAAAGGGCUUUGCUAUAAUUGUGAUGAAAAAUUUCAUAAGGGUCAUAGGUGCAAGGGAAGAGUGUUUUUGUUGUUAUUAACUGAUGAGGAAGAUAAAGACUCUAUGUCUAGGGACGAAGAAAUCACUACUGGAGAAUUAGCUAUUACAGAGGAGGUUAUUGAUAUUCCAGCCAUUAGUCUACAUGCAUUGGCGGGUCAACACUAUCCAAGAACUUUGAGAAUGAUUGGGGUUAUACAAGGCAUGAAUGUACAAGUCUUGAUCGAUGGUGGAAGUACUCAUAACUUCAUCCAAGAAAGGGUAGCAAGGUACUUGAAUAUUCCUAUCAUGCCUUCUAAGCACUUCAAGGUCUUGAUUGGCAAUGGUGAUACCUUAGAGUGUGAAGGUUAUUGUCCUCAAUUAUCGCUGAAGUUAAAUAAUCAAGAAUUCCUAGUUGACUUCUAUGUUCUGAAUUUGGGAGGUGCGGAUGCUGUUUUGGGGGUCCAAUGGCUUGAGCUUCUUGGAAGAGUCAUCAUGGACUACAAGGAAUUGUGCAUGGAGUUUCAAUGGCAUGGGAAGACUGUGAAGUUACAAGGAGAACCCCUACUGCAAUGUCAGCCGAUUCAAAUGUCCCAGUUGAGGAAACUAACCCAGACUGAUGGAGUGGCAAGUUAUUUUCAUCUCUGUGCUUUACCUCCUCCGAUUCAAGAAACCAAUGUAAGUACUCUUAAUAAAGAUCUUUCUAAACUCUUGGAUGAUUUUGCUGUGGUUUUUUCAGAACCAAAAGAAUUACCCCCAUUUAGAGAAAUUGACCAUCACAUACACUUAGCCCCAUCAACUAAACCCAUUAAUGUGAAACCAUAUCGUUACCCUUACUUUCAAAAAACAGAGAUUGAAAAGCUAGUUUCAGAAAUGUUACGCACUGGUGUAAUUAGGCCGAGUCAGAGUUCAUAUUCAUCUCCAGUUCUUUUAGUUAAGAAAAAGGAUGGGACUUGGCGCUUUUGUGUGGACUAUAGGGCUUUGAACCAAGCUACAAUAAAAGAUAAAUUCCCCAUACCCACUGUUGAUGAGUUAUUAGAUGAGCUCCAAGGAGCUAUUGUGUUUUCCAAACUAGAUUUAAGGGCUGGUUAUCACCAAAUUCGUGUGAACCCCAAUGAUGUCCAUAAAACUGCUUUCAGGACACAUGAUGGACACAGAGAGAAACAUCCUUGA